CAGAUCAACAUUGUCCUUCCUCUCUCGUUCCUAUUCCUCCUCGUGUACAUUGUGGAGAUAAGUCUGAAGAUUCUGGCUCUUGGUCCAAUCCAGUACUUCAAGAAGUUCUGGAACAUGUGUGAUUUCGUGGUGAUCACAAUAAGUCUGAUAGCAGCGUGUCUGGAACUUCAUCCUCUCUACCACUCCCUGGCCGUCGUCAGACCCAUCAAACUAAUCAGAAUUAUCCGACUAAAGAAAAGAUACCGAGACAUCAUGAACACUAUGGUUGUUCUCACCCUACGCCUAAUCAGUGUCUCCAAUGUGUCACUGCUUCUGAUCGUCAUCUUCUACUUCUUUGCCAUUGUGGGGAUGGAGGCCUUCCAAUAUCAAGUCACAGAAGGCUGCUGUGUAAAUGCCUCCUACUCGGUUGGACACAACAACGCUGGCUCCUUAAACAGCUCGGCACCUAACCCAGCCGUCUACCAUCUGAACAAUUUUGACAACAUUCUCCGAAGCUACGUCACACUCUUUAUCCUGUUGGUGGUGAAUAACUGGUACAUCAUCAUGGAGGGGUUUGCAUCAGAAGUCUCGCCCCACUGGACUGCCAGAAUCUACUUCUUCUCUUUCUACAUCGUCACACUGGUGGUCCUGCAAGUGGUGAUAUCAUUCAUAGUGGAGGCAUAUGUCCUGCAACUAGAGGAGGCCAACCACUGCAAGGAGAGAGAGGAACAAAACCUCCAGAUUGUUUACGACACCGACUGUGUUGAAGACGAACACCGUAAGAAGGAAGUGAGGAUAACGCUGCACCACCAAGAUAUCAAGAAAUUGAACUAUCUUAUCACAUACACUGAUGAACGUAGAACACGAAACAGAGAAUUGUUUAGUUUCGAUCGAGCGGUAAAGAAAUUCAGGAGAAUCAACCUACCAACGGAGGAGGGGAUGCAGUGUAGCGGGAGGAGACUCAGAACAAAGGAUGACCUUCAUCUGCUAAAGUACAGGGCUGAUAUCCAGGUAUACUUGAACAAACGCAAUGCAAUUUUUAGAACAUGACAAGACAUCUGCUCCUUCCAAAACACCAACCAAACAGAAAAUAUGGGCCAAGACCAAGAAAAUUCUCAUCUACCUCCUGGAGUGACUCUUAAUAAACCUCCAUUUUACCUCUCCCCUCUCUCCUCUUCUUUCACUCUCCAUUCUACUUGCUCUCCUCUGAUACAUCUGUAUGAUUU